UGCCUAGGCUUCCUUGUAGCCUCAAUCACGCGGGUAGUGAAGUUAAUUUCAUUAACACUUAACACCCCUUUGUCCCCUGGCUCAGGGCUAGGAGCCGGCGAGGCUGCCGAGGCAGCUGCCCCCAGGAUCGGGGGAGGGGGAGAGCCCGGGACACACGGACGGAGCCUAGCUGCUGUUCACCCCCUCAGUAGUGGUAGCACCGGGCGGCCAGCUCGCUGCGCCGGAUCCCUCCCAGCUGCGCUGGGGAGCCCAGGCCGCCUCCCACGCCCUCUGCCCCGGAUUGGAGGACUCCACAAGCGCCGUGCCUGGCGGGCAAGAGCAGCGCAGCGCUCGCGGCGCGGCUCCGGCUGCCCUGGGCUGGGAAGAGCUCGAGCUGCGGCGGGGAGCCGGCAGGAUGAUAGUGACACAAAUUGAAGCCAAAGAAGCCUGUGACUGGCUGAGGGCUGCUGGUUUCCCCCAAUAUGCUCAGUUAUUUGAAGACAUGCAGUUUCCUAUUGACAUCAAAACUGUGAGGAAAGAUCAUGAAUUUUUAGAUCGAGAUGCUAUUGAUUCUCUGUACAGACGGUUAAAUACACUGAACAAGUGUGCAGCACUGAAAGUGGAAAUAAGUCGUCAGAGAAAACGGAGUGAUGAAUCUGAAGACGAUGAACCUUGUGCAAUAAGUAACAAAUGGGCUUAUGAGAGGUGCAGUCAGAGAUGGUCUCGCCUGGAGAGCAUAGAAGGUUUCCCUGAAAAAGAGUCUAGUGCAUCAGUCCCAGACAGUCCAAGACUUAAGAGCACUGGUAGUGAGGAGAUAUCCUUUUCAGACCAAGGAGAGAAGCAUGAUGUGUCUUCAAUUCACAGUACUAGCAGUGGGGACAGUGACAUUAUCAGCUUCCCUAAGACUUUUGAGGAUGUUGAGACCAGCACUAGUUCUUCAAGGUGUUCAUCAAGUAAACUGGCCUCUCCUGACUCUACUUUUAGUUGUUCUCCUUCUCCUAGUGAGUUCUUAAACAUCAUCAGCGAGGAGAAGCUUUUGGAUAAGCCACCACAAAAAAAGGGGAAGAGCUUUCUAAAGAAAAUGGAGAAACUGCGCAUAAGGAGUUCCAGUGUAAAGAGAGCUGCCCAGUCAAAGGCCAAACCCACUAUUGGUGAACCUGUUCUUCUGGAGGGACUGGACGAAGAGAAGCUGAAGAACCUUAAUUCUGUAGAUAUUUGUGACCUAUCUGACUGCCAGAUGAAAAAGAAUUCUUCCUAUUCUCCCCACACUUGCAGCAGCAGCAGCCAGUCUGAAACCAGCAGCACAGUGAGCACUCCGAGUCCUGUUAUCAAAGUCAGGAGCUAUGCUAAACGGGGAGGCAUGUAUGCGGAAGACUCCGACUCUAGCAAGCUCUCUCUGUGGAACGAUGUAUCUGAGCAAAACUUAAAAAAUGAAAUAAAUUUGCAUGCAAACCAAAUGUUUCACGUACCACAAGGCCAUAAGCCUGGGACUUUCCCCAAAGCACUUACAAACAGUUUCUUAUCUCCAACAGACAACACUUCUGUGAACUGGAGAACUGGAAGUUUUCAUGGAUGUAGGCGGAACAGAAUUAGAACUAGUUCUAAAGAGUCUGAGACCCCUCUGAGUCCUCUGUCGUUUAUAGAUAACAGGAUGAGUAUCUAUGACAAUGUGCCCAGCAUUCCUGUUCAUCUUAAUAAGAUGGAGACGCCGGAAGUUAGUGACGACGAUGUUUUUUCAGAACUAGACAAUGUUAUGGAACAUGUCAAUGGGCUCAGAAAGUUGGUCAAUCAGUGGACUGAGAAGUUCUCAGAUGAUGGAGACUCUGAUUUUGCGAACGACUCAACCUCUCCGUGUCCAUCUUCCCCUAAAGAAAUCCACCUUGAGAUAAAAAAGCAUUCAGAAGAGAAAUUGGCAGAUCUACCAGCUGCUGAUGGAAAACAGAACUGCAAGCAUGGCAAUGACCUUGAUUCCCCAGAACUGGCAUAUAUAACCGAUUCAGAGAUGGGAUCCUCAUUCUCACAUUCCAACAGACAUGAGAGGCGACACUGGUCUGCAGAGGAGACUGUAAACUUGGAAAGCCUUUCUGUACAAAUUGAUAACCAGUCAGCAGCCCACCUAAACCGAAUACAGAAACUGGCUUUGUUGAAACUCACUGCUUUAAUGGACAAAUACUCUCCUUCCAGUAAACAGGGCUGGAACUGGACCGUUCCGAAGUUCAUUAGAAAAAUCAAAGCCCCAGACUAUAAGGACAAAAAUGUAUUUGGGGUCCCAUUACUGCUAAAUGUUCAGCGAACAAGCCAUCCACUUCCAAAGAGCAUUAUCCAGGCCAUGGAGUACUUAAGAAGCCACUUUCUUGACCAGGUUGGCCUGUUCAGAAAAUCAGGCGUUAAAUCUAGGAUCCUUUCUUUAAGGGAAAUGAAUGAAAAUGACCCAAACAAUGUAAUGUAUGAAGGGCAGUCGGCGUUUGAUGUGGCAGAUAUGGUAAAGCAGUAUUUCCGAGAUCUUCCUGAGCCUAUAUUCACUAGCAAGCUUUGUGAAUCCUUCCUCCACAUCUAUCAGUAUUUGCCAAAGGAUCAACAGUUUCAUGCAGUCCAGGCUGCCAUUCUUCUGCUCCCAGACGAAAAUCGGGAAGCUCUGAAAAUUCUUCUCUUCUUUCUCCGAGAUGUAGUUGCUUUUGUUGAGGAAAACCAGAUGACUCCGACCAACAUUGCAGUCUGUCUCGCGCCAUCCUUGUUUCAUCUCAAUACUUUAAGGAGAGAGAGUUCAUCAUCAUCUAGGUCCAGCCAGAGGAAGUACAGCCUGGGAAAACCAGACCAGAGAGAUUUGAACGAAAAUCUGGCAGCCACCCAAGGCCUGGCCCACAUGAUCAUGGAGUGCAACAGACUCUUCCAGAUGCCUGACUAUUGCCUGGAUCAGUGUUGUGAUGACUUAUGUGAACAGAAUGGCCUGAGUGAAAAGGCUUCUAAUCAGACCGCCUCAAUGAGGCACUCCAUGCUGGUUUCCCUUGAGAACUCCAUGCAGGACUUGCUGCGAGAUGCCAAGGAAAAGUUCAAGAGCUGGGUUACUGCUUCAAACUUGGAACGUGUGGAAUUGGCAAAUAAAAAGGUGGAAGAUAAUUACCACGUCCGGUUAUGGAAGGCAUCCACUGAAAUCAGUGCCGCUCCUAAAGUAAUCCUUCAACGCAUACUGACAGAGCAGCAUCUGUGGGACCCAAGUCUGCAGCAGGCUAAAAUCCUAGAGACCUGGGAUGAUGAAACAGAUGUUUAUCACUAUACAACAGAAAGCAUGUCACCCCUCCUGCCGCGGGAUUAUGUGGUUUUGAGGACUUGGAGGACUGAUCCCCAAAGUGGCACCUGUAUUUUGGCAGCUACCUCAGUUGACAGUGAAGGAGCUACUCUGCAUGGGAUUUUGGCCCAUGUCCUUUUGUGUCAGUAUCUCAUAGAACCAGUUGGCUCCCAGAAAUCCAAAGUGACUCACGUCUGCCGGACAGACACGAGGGGACGAACAACAGAAUGGUACAACAGAGUUUUUGGUCAUAUGUGUGCUGCAGAACUGAUGAGGAUAAAAGACUCCUUCAAACCUCUCAGGAAUGACACAAAGGAAAUGAAAAUCUAAAGCACCUGGUUCUAAACAGAGACUGGUGCGGAGGCAUGAACUGCUCCUCUGCUAUCAUUUUAAAAGCUAUAGACUCAAUAGACUUGCCUAUAUUUUAAAACUAAUAAACCAAGAAGUAAUUUGUAAUGGCCUAUAAUGUAAUGUAAAAUAGUAAUGUUAUAAAGCUGCUUUUUUUCUUUUUCCAGUUUCAGGAAGCUGUUCUUGAACUGGCUGCACAGAGAUAGCUAAAAGGUCAAAUGUGUGUAUGUAUAUAUACGAAAUUAUAAAAUGCAAUUGUUACAUCCAGGAAAGACAAAAUAUGCUGGUUCAAAAUUAUAGUUAUAAAGUAAGUUAUUAAACUAAAAAUAUGGUAUUUUUCCAAAUACGCAUUAAGUAUUUUAUAAGAUGUAGACUUUUAUGCAUUCUAGAGUAUUAUGUCUCUUGAAUUUUCUUUUUAUUGAAUAAGGUGGUGGAGAUGUGAAGUUAAUUUUAACCUCUUUACAGUUGAAAAUAGGCCUGAAAACCUAUGCCUUUUACUAGAGGGAGCUAAAUACUUUAGCAUGUGUUGUUAACUCUCUUGAUACUUCCUUUUUACAUAAUAAAAAACCAAAUCUGGUGGGGGUGGUUGUUUAAUGUGAUGGGUAGAGUUCCUGCAUUUGAGAAUAUUGCCUACUUUUACCAUGGUGAAGCUUUAGGAAUACAUUUCAAUUGUUAAAUAACGGUCAUAAGUCAACCUAACCAAGCUAACUUCUAAGCAGAAAUUAUGUGAAUGGACUAUCAAAAACCAGGUUCUGCAUUUAACCUGCAACUUAUGUCACUUGAGCUCAAUCGUAGGCAUUGUGCUUGUCUUCUGAACUCCAGUCAUGGUUAAACAUUCCUUAUGUACCUUUAAUAAGCUGCUCAUCCUGAAAACCAAAAAGUGUGUGUACACAGAUAAUUAAGGUGCUACUCCUAGGGGUAAAUGUUUUAUACAGCUGGUGGGGGGGGGGGGGAAGGGGGGAAGUGUUCUUGUAAAACUAACUUGUCCUUGAUUUAUGAUGUCUUGGACCUCAUUCAUAGUUGCAGGUGUGAUUUAGAGUUGCUUAGGUGUAUGCCAUGCAAAGUAGCAAUGUUACAUCCUUACACUCAUGGUGGUGUGAAUGUUAUCAGUGUCUUACCAACAGCAAGUAGAAGUUCUGAACAGUGUAUCACCAAUAGAUUUCUUAGUGCUACAUAAGAGCUGGGAUAUCCGGACAGCGUAGUAGUCAAUACCUCUGAGCUAGUGUGGUUGAACAUAACUAGAGCGGUAAAGCACAGGUAGGAACUGAAGAGACAGUCAAAUGAAAGAGAGUUCCACUUAAUUACAUCCCAUAAUGACUGACAGCUAAAACGUGACUGCUUGUAUCAAAAUGCUGUACGUGUAAAUACUAAGAUAAGUGUGGUAUUGAAUGAGUAUAAUGAUAUAAUAGACAUCACAGCACUGUGGUGGAAGGAUGACAAUCAAUGGGACACAGUAAGAGGAAGGUACACAAUAUAUAGGAACGAGAGAUGAGGUAGUGCUGAUGGAGCAGGGCCUACUGCUGGUACAUGUGCAAGAAAGAAUAAGGGCAAAUACAAUAAAAAUCUUAAAUGAAUCAAAUUGUAACAGACUUUCUCUGGCUAAAAAUUCUAUGCUUCACUAAUAAAAUAUUCCUACUGCUAUAUUCUUACCUCGUACCUGUCCAAGAUGGUGAUUGUGAAAUGGUUUGGGAGAAAGAUUAUAAAAAUAGAAAACUGAGUAAUAAUGGAAGAGUUUAACUAUCCCCAAUUUGACUGGGUACAGGUCACCUCAGGCUGGGAAGCAAAGACAAUAAUUGGUGGUGUCAAAAAACUGCUUCAUGGAGCAGCUAGUUCUGGAACCGAGAAGGGGAGAAGCAAAUGUUGAUUUAGUCCUAAAUUGAGCAUGUGUGGCAAAGAGGUGAAUAUUGCUGAAAGACUUGCUGAUAGCAACCAUAAUAUAAAUUUAACAACAGGGGGGAGAGGGUAGGAGGGGACACACACAAGCCCACUGUAGUAGCAUUUAAUUUUAGAAAAGGGAAUUCCAUAAAAGGAAGCUAGUUCACUCUAAAUUAAAAGGAACAGCCACAACAGUGAAAUGUGUGCAAAUGGUAUGGAAAUCUUUUAAAUACACCAUAAUUGAGGUCCCAAAUGAAAAAAACAUAGUAAGAGGACCAACAAAGUAAAUGUGGUAAAAGCAAAAAAAAAAA